UGAAUUUUGAAAAAUUCCGAAAAUACCCCUAUCGAUUUUCUGGCUCUCUUCUCUUGGUGCGUCGUCUCCUCCUUCCCUCACGUGACGUUGCUUCUUUACGCCAUCGCUUCACAGAGCCUACUCCUCUCCUUUUCUUCCAUUCUGCCUACAGUUUUUUCUCGUUGGAUCAAUUGAGGCGCACUGCUGAGCCACAAGACUCAGAGAAAAAACCCAACCCAUUCUAAUUCUAAGAGUCAGGGAACAGAGACAAAGAUGGCAAAGCGUCUAAUUUCAACCUUUAACCAUGGGCUAGUUGGCAAACUCUUUUCCGAGUCCUUCACCAAGCUGAACUCCGGAAAGACAGUGGCUGUGGGAUUGGGUAAACAGGACAAAGCAGGUUACAGUACCCAGGCCAAGCAAGAGUCUCAUUUUUACGACGGUGCUUUUGUGGAUGCAUUCUUGAUGAAAAUGAAGAACAACAAAGAUCUUCUUAUGAAUAAGAAAAUUUGGUCGCGGAGAUCUACAAUUUUGCCAGAAUUCGUGGGUUCUACAGUUCGUAUUUAUAAUGGAAAAGUUCAUUUUCGUUGCAAGAUCACUGAAGAAAAGGUUGGACAUAAAUUUGGAGAAUUUGCAAUGACACGGAAACGUAGAGUUCAUGCUAAAACUACUGGACCAGCAAGACCAGCAAAACCAGGAAAAAAAGCCGGCAAAAAGUAAAGCUCUAAGAGCAUGUGUAUGUUACUCAAAAGAAUCUGAAUCACAUCUCAUGUUCCGUCUUUUUUGAUCUUAUAAUGUCAGGUUUAUAUUGAAAUUCUUAACAUAUCUGAUUCUAUCUUAACACAUGAGCGAUUUGGUUGGACAUUUCCUGUAGUUGGUUGUGUUAGGUUUUGUUCCUAGUGUAUUUUAACUCAUUGUUGAAAUUUUCUCAGUGGAUGCUUGCAUGCUAAUUAAUACUUUUGGUAAG